AAAACAGAAAAAGCAACACUAAAGUAUAGCACUGUCUUAACAAAAGAAGCUUUGUUAGUUUCUUAUACCAAGUAAUCCCAUUUUACAUACUUGCUUUACUACUCCUUAUAUCUUUCCUCAACCUCUGUUCCCACCCUCUCCUCGUCAAAAAACUUGCCAUUUGUUUCUCUUUCUCGGAACCCAUCUUCAAUUGCUCUAUCAUAAUAAAGAAACAAAAAUGAUUAAACUCGGAGGUGUUCUCGUUUGUCUUCUGAUUGUGGCCAUGGAUGUUGCAGCAGGGAUUCUUGGCAUCCAAGCAGAAGUUGCACAAAACAAGGUUAAGCACUUAAGGCUGUGGAUAUUUGAGUGCAGAGACCCAAGCCAUGACGCUUUCAAGCUAGCUUUGGGUGCAGCAGCGCUGUUGACUCUGGCCCACGUUCUUGCUAACCUGCUUGGUGGGUGCAUGUGCGUCUGUUCUCAAGAAGAGUUCCAGAGAGCCUCCCCCAACAGGCAGCUCUCACUAGCAUGUCUCAUUUUCACUUGGAUCAUAUUAGCCAUUGGAUUGUCCGCGCUGGUGAUAGGAAUAUUAUCGAACAACAAAUCCAGGGCGUCCUGUGGCUUCACGCACCAUCAUUUCCUGUCCAUUGGAGGAAUUUUGUGUUUUGUACAUGGGCUGUUUUCUGUUGCAUAUUACGUUUCUGCCACUGCAGCUAGUGACGAAGAAAAGUAAGAAAUGUCAUCUGUAAAGGAACCCCUUUUUUUUUCCCCAACUUUACUGAUCAUUGAUCACAAUCACUUUCGUCCUACAUGUAAAAAAAAAUAUAAGCAUCUUUGAAUGACAUUAUCAAUC